CUCGCAAUGCCAAAGGCCAAACGACCGCCGACGUCGGGCUAUGCCCGCAUCGCCCAAGCCGAAGAAGAGGACGACUCUGGCAGCGAGUUGGAGGGCGACUACCACCAGAGCUCCCUGGCCAACGCGCAGUUUGCCCCUAUACAGCCCCAGCGGACCUCGGGCAUGCGUAUCAACGGAUCCAGCCAGAAUUCGCCCAACCUCAAAAGCUCGCCCUUUGCACGACGCCCGCGCUCCAACUCGGGCGUCGACAUCAAGGCCAUCAACGCCCGCUUCGAGCGGUGGGCCGAGGAGAUUGCGCAAAAGUUCAAGAUCAAAAAGGGCCAGGAUGCGGCUGAAGACGAGCCGCUCGAGAUACACCACUCGGUCUUCCAAGCCCCCGAUUGGGUGCGCCCCGCCACGGCCGAGUCGCUCACGUUCGACUACGACGUCCCGUCGGACCGCCUGACGAAGCUCGAGUUCGACGACAUUGUAGAAAGCGUCCGCACGGCCAUUGAGAUGGAGGUGCAUCCCAAGCUCAUCACACAGGGCAGCUCAGGCAGCUACUUUGCACGCAACCCGCAGGGAAAGGUGGUGGGCGUCUUCAAGCCAAAGGACGAGGAGCCGUACGCGUCGCGGAAUCCAAAGUGGACAAAGUGGAUACAUCGCAACCUGUUUCCCUUCUUCUUUGGCCGCGCCUGUCUCAUCCCCAACCUCAGCUACGUCUCCGAAGCCGCCGCAUACGUCCUCGACACCCAGCUGCGCACCAACCUCGUGCCCUACACCGACAUUGUGGGCCUCUCGUCCAAAUCCUUCCACUACGAUUUCUGGGACAGGCGGGCCUAUUACCGGAAAAGAAAGCCGUUUCCCGAGAAGCUCGGUAGUUUCCAGGUGUUUUUGAAAGGCUUCAAGGAUGCUAACAUCUUCCUAAAAGAGAACCCCUGGCCGGACCAGCACGCGACGGGAUACAACGGGGACAGAGCGGCGCGCAAGAAGAAGCGGAGGUGGGCAGAGGACUGCAGACCAAGCGGAGCGCAGUCCGACGGCGAGGAUGACGAGGAACAAGCGAGCAUGAUGGAUCCGCACAGCCAACGGAGAGGCUUCUGGACACCAGCACUGCAACAGUCGUUCAGAGAGCAACUGGAGAAGCUGGUCAUCCUAGACUACAUUAUGCGGAACACGGACAGAGGGCUGGACAACUGGAUGAUCAAGAUCGACCACAAGACACAGCAAGCGACGAUUGUGGCGGAGCCCCCCAAGCUCGAGGAAGACGUGGAUGCCCAGGACCACCAGCCAAGCGCCUACACCAGGCAUUCCAUGGAGGCAUUGGACCCGUACGGACGACGAGAGCCGAUGCGUGCGGCUAGCCGGUCCAACACUCCCCAGCAAAGCGGGUCGACGCCUAGGGCGGUCAUCGGCGCAAUAGACAAUUCUCUAUCUUGGCCAUGGAAGCACCCAGAUGCCUGGCGCAGCUAUCCAUUUGGCUGGCUGUUUCUCCCCGUGUCCCUCAUUGGACAACCCUUCUCCGAAGCCACGCGUCGCCACUUUCUUCCUCUCCUCACCUCGAAGCAAUGGUGGAGCGAUACCCAAUCGGCCCUCCGCAAGUGCUUCUCGCAGGACGCCGACUUCAAGGAGCGCAUGUAUGCCAAGCAGAUUGCCGUUAUGAAGGGACAAGCCUGGAACGUGGUGGAAACACUCAAGACACCGGACCUGGGGCCUCUUGAGCUCACACGACGAGCGCGGGUAUGCGUGUGGGAUGACAUUGUGGAGAUACCGAUUGCCGUUCCACUGAGGGCGCCAUCUGCGGAAAUGCGGAAGCGGCAGCGAGGCAGGUCUCCCAGACUAGAAGAAGAGCAGGAGGAGAUGGAUAUCACGGCCAUCUCGACGCCACCACAGAAGCCGCAGCCAGACCUUCUCAUGAACUCGCCUCCGCUAGAAAAUGCAUCGGGCAACCGCUUCAACCUGGCGCGCGGCGCGUCGUCGCUCGACGUACGCCAGACCGAUGGCCGCGCCGAAUCGCCGGGCACCAGGAGCGAUGUAUACUCGGGCUCGCGGAACGUGGAUAGACAUGGCAAUGGGCGGCCAGUGCAACACUCGCGGAUGAGCUACGAGGCGCCUCGUCGGCAUGCUCGCGAUGCACGCCACCACCGGCGGUUUUCGCUAACGCAGGGGCGAGACAUUGAUGAUUACGGGUUUGACGACGAAGGCGAUCUGGGGUAUGCGGCCAACGAGGACAUGGAGGGGAACCGCAAAAAGGUGAUUGUGGAGCGGCUGGAGAUGGUCAAGGGGCGCAAUCCGGUCUUUACGUGGUGUUGAGCGGGGGCUGGAUUGUCGGCCAGGACAUGCAUUAUGAGAGCAACGAUUGUUUGCAUGGUGAGGGUAGGAUAUCAUGGCGCUGGCAUGGGCAUAGACGGGCGGGCUGGUUGCAUGGGCGGCGUUUUGCUGUUGUACAGACGGGCAUGUAACAAUGCUAAAAGGACGGUUGCACAGUUGUGCCUUGCACGUCCCCCACGCGCAGGGGUCAUUUGAG